UUAUUUAAGAAACCAACGGCCAAUCUCAUCGUCCGUAGUACUAUAUAACGAUAUACAGUAGCAAAAAUUCCCCUUCGAAAAAUGCCCUAACCGCGAGAAAUUGAUCAAAUUAACCCACCAAUCAGUUAAUCUGCUCUACUUGUUCAGCGAUGUCGACGAAGUCGACGAAGCCGACGAAGCGUAAUCCUAAGGAGAAGACCGUUCGCCGCCCCCAUAAAGAGGAGAAGCCGGAGGAGCCCGAACUUCCGAAAUACAGGGACCGAGCGAAAGAAAGGAGAGAAGAUCAGAAUCCUGACUAUGAGAUUAAUGAGUUGACAUCCUUUCAUGCUGUUGCUCCCCCGGGAAAUGUUGAUCUCUUGUCUGCUGAUGCACAAAAGUUAUCUAUUGAGAAGAGCAAAUAUCUUGGAGGUGACGUUGAGCAUACACAUUUGGUCAAAGGGUUGGAUUUUGCUUUGCUUAAUAAAGUGCGAAGUGAAAUAGACAAGAAGCCUGAUGGUGGAGAUGAGAUUGAUGGGAAAUCUAAAGGACAAAAGGAUGAUCAACCAGUAACCUUCCGUACUCCAUCAGCAAAGUCUGUUUAUCAGUGGAUAGUCAAGCCACAAACUACAAUCAAGACCAAUGAAAUGUUCCUUCCUGGACGAAUGGCUUUUAUAUUCAACAUGGAAAAUGGAUUCUCUCAUGAUAUUCCAACAACUGUCUACAGAAGUAAAGCCGAUUGUCCUGUCCCUGAGGAAAUGGUAACCGUAAGCGUUGAUGGAUCAGUUUUGGAUCGGAUUGCUAAAAUAAUGACUUAUCUCCGCCUUGGGUCGUCAGGGAAAGUUCUGAAAAAGAAAAAGAAAGACAAAGAUAUAAAAGGAAAAAUUCUAUCCUUUUCUAAUGUGUAUGAAGAUGAUGAGAGAGUCGUGAAAUCUGAUUCUCGGACGAAUCAAAAUAGAGGGGAAAUCCUACCACCCCCACCCCCACUCCCGCUGCCACCCCCACCACCACUUACCAAAAAAAACCAUCCCGACCCAAAAGAAGAUCAAGAAUCAACUGCUUUUAGGCAGGUGGAGGAGGAUAUUUUUGUCGGUGAUGGUGUAGACUACUCUAUUCCGAGUAAAGAUAUGAGCCAAAGCCCAAUUUCAGAAGACAUGGAAGAAUCUCCUCGUAAGGAGAAAAAUUCCUAUUUUGCUGAACCUGCCUAUGGCCCGGUUCGACCGCCUGAGUUGUCUCAUGAUUGGCAACAACAAGCGAAUGAAUACGAUGCUAUGCAAUCACAAGCAAUGGCUGGCAACUACGGGGGAGAGUGGCAGAACUACCAGUAUGCCGAACAACCGGCUUACCCCGAACAAUACCUCCAGCCAGAUAUGCAGUCUUACGAUAUGCAAGCAGGACCCACCGCCAUACUGGACCCACACUUGAUGACUCAAGAAGAGAAAGACAGAGGCUUAGGAUCCGUGUUUAAGAGGGACGAUCAACGGCUUCAACAACUAAGGGAGAAGGACUCUCGCGAGAAGGACCCUAAUUUUAUAUCCGAGAGUUACUCCGAAUGCUACCCUGGUUACCAAGAGUAUAACCGUGAAGUUGUUGAUAGUGACGAGGAAGGUGAUUUGUCCAAAAUGGAUAUGGGUGGACGGGCGAAGGGGAGGCUUCAUAGGUGGGACUUUGAGACGGAAGAGGAAUGGGCGAAAUACAACGAGCAGAAGGAAGCGAUGCCUAAAGCUGCGUUCCAGUUUGGUGUGAAGAUGCAAGAUGGGCGUAAGACGCGCAAACAGAACAGAGACCAGAAAAUCACAAACGACCUUCACAAGAUUAACAAAAUACUUGCCAGAAAGAAGGCUGAAAAUGGUGGCGACCAAAACGAUGAUGACAAGGCGUACGAUGAUGAUUCCCAUCCUGGAAAGAAGUUAAGAAUAUGAUGGUGUUGAUGAUUUUACGGUCUGUGUCGAAUGUGCGGAAAAGGUGCACCACACCACACACACACCCAUGUGGGUGUGUGGGUGUUGUGUGCCAAGUGGAGGGGUGGAUAUACCAGGCGCAUUGUCGAUGUUGCCAAAAGGUGCACUACGCACACCCGUGUGGAUGUGUGUGUCGUGUGCAUAAGUGCAUCGGGUGUAACAUCGACAAGAUUUCACGAUUUCACUCGAUACUCUAGUGUGAUGUAGUCCCUUGUGACUUAGUUAUAUGUAUUUAAAGAUUACCCUUGUUGGCCAAAUUUGAUGUUGUUUAUCUUCUUGAGGUUUGUAUUGGAUUGAAUUUUUGGAAAUUUUGAAUCAUGUGCUUUAAUGUUUUAUAGUAUUUAU